CGGAUCUGGCGUGAAGCGGAAGUGAGGACCGCGGAGGAGCUUGGGGAAGCACGCAUGGGGGGUCCAGGGGGGAAGAUCAACCGGCCCCGAACGGAGCUGAAGAAGAAGCUGUUCAAGCGCCGGCGGGUGUUGAACCGGGGGAAGCGACUGAAGCAUCAGGUGGUCGGGGCUGUGAUAGACGAAGGGCUGAUCACGCGGCAUCACCUCAAGAAGCGCGCAUCCAGUGCACGUGCCAAUAUUACUCUGUCAGGGAAGAAACGCAGAAAACUCCUGCAGCAGAUCCGGCUUGCUCAGAAAGAGAAGGCAGCAAUGGAAGUGGAAGUCCCUUCAAAAACAGCCAGGACUAGUCAACCACAGCCCAAACGACAAAAGAAGAUAAACCCCCCCCAGGAUGUAGACAUGGAGAAUCUUGAGGAUGCAAGCUAAAGUUCUUACCUCUUCCGCCAGGCCAUAUUUUCAACUGGAGCCAGCAGAAUUUGGUGGUUGUUUCAGAGGAUUUUGAAGAAAGCAUUACCUGCUUUCACUCAUCCCAGUUCCUCUUACAUGAUGGCUUACUGACUUCCCCUGGAGGGAUAUGUUGAGAGGGAAGAGGGUAGAAAAGAAAGAUUCUAGAGGGCCCAACUUCUGUUUAUAAUAAAUCUCUAGAGCUCUGA